CUGGUUUCAGGCAAGGAGGCAAAGGAGAACACUCAUGAGGAUAAAAAGAUGUCCGCAAAAGGAGAAACGACAAAACAGGACAUGAAGCUCGCAUCAUUUGAUCAUCUAGAGACCCCUGCUACAAUCCAGCAUAUCACCCCUCGUCCAUUUCAUCAUCAAAGGGUUCUUCAAACGUCUUCCAACGUAUCAACAAAAAUCUCAGAGUCAAAUCAGCUGAGAGACAUGAAAGCGAUGUUUGGACUCGUUUCAGAGGACGGGAAUGUUUUGGUGAAACCAGACAGAACAAAGAUACAAACACACACAACAGAGCCCACCAGGAAACCGUACAGGGCUGACGAAGGUGAACCCAACUCUGUURAACAGCUGGAAAAAGACGCMGUUUAUACAAAGAGUCACACCAGAMCRCCUCAUCUACCACAAGUUACCAAAACAUCGAGCAAACCACAACUCAMGUCCGCCAUGCCUUCAGCGAAGCCAACUAAAACUAAUAAAAGAAGGAAGAAAACAUUAAAGUCUCCAAAAGAGAAGAAGAAAACCCCCACGCCUACGUCUUUCCCUUACUUUAAGGAUGAUUACUGUCCACCUGAAUGUGCCUGCUAUGGAAGAGUUGUUCAGUGUUCUGAUAAAGGUGUCAGCCACGUUCCAUACGGGAUCCCCUACAACGCCCGUUACAUCCUCCUGAUGAACAACCACAUCACCAGCAUCCAGCUGGACUUGCUCAGUGGCUACGAGUCCAUGGAGUUCCUCACGCUCAGCAACAACUGGCUCACAGAUGGAUCCAUAGAAGGAGCUUUGGAGGGGGUCUCGGCUCUGAAGCGGCUCUACUUAGAUAGGAAUCUCCUCCGAAGUGUGCCGGUCGACCUUCCGGGUUCCCUGGAGGAGCUUCGCCUGGACAACAACCACCUGAGGUUGAUGUCAGAGACAGCCUGGACCCAUUGUCCUGGUCUUUUGGUUUUGAGCCUCAGCAACAACAGUCUUGGGAGUGGAGCAGGAUCUCUUCCUGRCGGUGUUUUGUUUCCUCUGUCCAAGCUGCGCACUCUGAACCUGGACUACAACCUGCUGGCCUCAGUUCCUCUGGGGUUACCGCCGUCCAUCAGGGAGUUGUAUCUCAGAGGGAACCGCGUUAAACGGUUCUUUGGAGGGGUUUUCGACGGACCAUCAGAGCUGGCGGUUCUCGAUCUGAGCUCGAACAGGCUGACGAACAAAGGCCUCUCUGAGGACUCCCUCCUCAACGCAACACACCUGGAGAGCCUCAACCUGGAAGGGAACAGACUGAAACAAGUCCCGCAACACCUGCCCGCUUCACUGAAAACAUUAAAUCUGGAGCGAAAUCGCAUCGUCUCCAUAAAACAAUCAACUUUCAGCGCUUUGAAAAACCUGGAGCACCUGGGACUGGCGCGGAAUAAGAUCUUCAAAAUAGCCCCAGGUGCGUUUAAGGCCUUGCCCAUCCUGCACCAGUUAGACUUGUGCCACAACACUUUGCAGCAGGUGCCCAGGCGGCUGCCGACAGGUCUGAGCUCCGUGGCGCUCACCCACAACCGGAUUAGGGCGGUGCCUCGGGAUGCUUUCUGCUGGGGUGAGAAAAGUCUCAGCGGGCUUGUGCGAGUGCAGCUGCAGYACAAUUUCAUCGACACGGGGAAGUUAGAUUUACAGGCUUUUAGGUGCUUAAGAGGAUUUCAGGUGGUGCACUUCUACUGAAGUGAGGGGUAAACUGCUCGGGUCCACGAUAUAUUUAGAACCUUUUGUAGGAAACUCCACCCAGACCUGCGGUGAACGCUGCACUGGCAGAGCCUGAUGCUGGAUAUGACUCCAAAUAUUUAUUACUAAGUGUUAAAUCUCACACUCUGACUAGCUUUAUGACAAACUGUUUUUGUGGCUUGGAUUUGACUGGAACAGUSUAAACCAAAGACAAGCAAAUUCUGAGAACUGUUAAUAUUUUUAUAUUAGUUACCAUUUCCAAAACACGCUGUAUUAAAGGAGUUUUUGCCAGUCAGAGGUAACAGUAUACAAUAAAGACUUUAGAGAUACAAGUUAAUAGUGCUCACAACUAGACUGACCAUCAAUACAAAGUUAAUAUUUUCAGUACAUGUUUAAAUAAAUACGUCACACAUAUUAAAUUGAGUUCAAUAUGAAAAAUCUUUGUUUUAUUAAAUAAAUCUGAAAAUGGACAAAA